CUUUCUAAAAGUCCGCUGGACCUAUCAAAUCGUCUCUAUAUAGUGCUUUCCCUGUGACUCUGAGGACAAUUACACAAUUCAGAGAGAGAAAGAGAGAGAAAAUGGAAUCGAAGGCUAGGAUUAGGGUUUCGAGUUCUAACUCCUCCUUCUUCUGCUUCUACUUUCUGAUCUUGUUCGUCGGAUUCAUGUCUUGUUUGUGUUUGAAAAGCGAUGCUGCUGCUGCUGCAUCAUCAUUCAGUUGCAAGAAUCGGACUAUUGCAGAGUGCAAUGAAGAGGACGAGAUGACGAUGAUGGAAUCGGAGAUCAGCCGGAGGUUAAUGGUGGAGCAAAGGAAGUAUAUAUCUCCGGGAGCUCUCCGGAGAGACAAACCGGUCUGUAACGGCGGAGGUGGCGAGGCUUACAGCAAAUCUGGAGGUUGUCUUCCUCCUCCUUCAAAUCCUCAUACCAGAGGCUGUUCGAAGUAUUACCGUUGCAGAUCUGACUCUUGAGAUCUCACAGAAACUGGUUUAUGUCUUAAUUUGAUCCGAUUCUGAUCCUUUUUUUUUUUUUGGCUUUUAAAAGUUGACUUAUUUAGUCUUUUUAAUUUCAUUGAGGUUGGAGAAGGUACGCGUCUUUUUCAAUUUUAUUUCCAGCAUAUAGGCGUUAAUCUUUUUUUUUUUUUUUGAGCAAAGUAUAUAGGCGUUAAUAGGCGUUAAUCUAACGUCAGAUUUUUAUUAUUGAAUUUUUUAUUAAUUUAAAUGCAUAUUGGAUUUUUUUUUUAUUUGUAAGAAUUAGACAUAGUGAUAUUUGGUUUCCUAAAACUAUCCUGGUCUUUGUCGGAGUUAUUUAUUGAA